AUGUUUUCACUCGUGACUAAAUCUGCUCUGGACAGAGAGACGCAGCCUCAGUACGAAGUGACUGACCACAGUCUGUUUGGCUUGGACCGCUACACAGGACAGAUCAGGACACUUCGCUCAUUCACAGAGACAGACGAGGCCCAGCACAAACUCGUCAUACUGGUCAAAGACAAUGGCAACGUUUCGCUCUCAGCUACAGCUAUUGUGCUUGUCAAAGUGGUGGAGGCCAGAGAGGCGUCUGCAGCUUCUGACGUGAAGAGCUCCGCUAAAGACGCUGAGGACACUAAUGUGACUUUUUACCUGAUGAUAACUCUGGCCUCGGUCUCAGCUCUGUUCAUUAUCAGUAUCAUUGUGCUGAUUGCAAUGCAGUGCUCCAAGUCCAGCACUGACUACACCUCCAAGUACUUGCAGGACACAAACUAUGACGGGACUUUGUGCCACAGCAUCCAGUACAGAUCUGGAGACAAGCGUUACAUGUUAGUGGGACCCAGAAUGAGCGUAGGCUCCACUAUAGUCCCAGGGAGCCAAGCCAACACACUAGUGCUGCCGGACAGGAGGAGGCCCUCUGAGGAGUGCGCUGUGGCUCAGAUCAGAUACUCUGUCCCGGAGGAGGAAGUGACUGACCACAGUCUGUUUGGCUUGGACCGCUACACAGGACAGAUCAGGACACUUCGCUCAUUCACAGAGACAGACGAGGCCCAGCACAAACUCGUCAUACUGGUCAAAGACAAUGGCAACGUGUCGCUCUCAGCUACAGCUACUGUGCUUGUCAAAGUGGUGGAGGCCAGAGAGGCGUCUGCAGCUUCUGACGUGAAGAGCUCCGCUAAAGACGCUGAGGACACUAAUGUGACUUUUUACCUGAUGAUAACUCUGGCCUCGGUCUCAGCUCUGUUCAUUAUCAGUAUCAUUGUGCUGAUUGCAAUGCAGUGCUCCAAGUCCAGCACUGACUACACCUCCAAGUACUUACAGGACACAAACUAUGACGGGACUCUGUGCCACAGCAUCCAGUACAGAUCUGGAGACAAGCGCUACAUGUUAGUGGGACCCAGAAUGAGCGUAGGCUCCACUAUAGUCCCAGGGAGCCAAGCCAACACACUAGUGCUGCCGGACAGGAGGAGGCCCUCUGAGGAGUGCGCUGUGGCUCAGAUCAGAUACUCUGUCCCGGAGGAGGUGAGGGACGGGACUGUUGUUGGAAAUGUCGCAAAGGAUCUUGGUCUGGAUGUGUCCUCUUUGCGUGAGAGACGGUUCCGUGUUGUUUCUGAAUCAAAUGAAGAUAUUUUUGCAGUAAACGCAGAUGACGGCGCUUUGUACGUCCACGGCCACAUUGACAGAGAGCAGCUGUGUCAGGGCAGCGAAGUGACCUCUUUGUCAAACACAGUGUCUGAAAACUCCAAACCAGGGACAGUAGUUUCUCUCAUCCGCGUCAAAGACAAAGACUCUGGAGUGAAUGGUAAAAUCAUCGCUCACAUCACAAACAACGUGCCCUUUGAGCUCAAACCCUCGUAUAAAGAAAACACAUAUUCAGUUGUCACUGAAGACUUCCUGGACAGAGAGAAGGAAGUGACUGACCACAGUCUGUUUGGCUUGGACCGCUACACAGGACAGAUCAGGACACUUCGCUCAUUCACAGAGACAGACGAGGCCCAGCACAAACUCGUCAUACUGGUCAAAGACAAUGGCAACGUGUCGCUCUCAGCUACAGCUACUGUGCUUGUCAAAGUGGUGGAGGCCAGAGAGGCGUCUGCAGCUUCUGACGUGAAGAGCUCCGCUAAAGACGCUGAGGACACUAAUGUGACUUUUUACCUGAUGAUAACUCUGGCCUCGGUCUCAGCUCUGUUCAUCAUCAGUAUCAUUGUGCUGAUAGCAAUGCAGUGCUCCAAGUCCAGCAUUGACUACACCUCCAAGUACUUACAGGACACAAACUAUGACGGGACUCUGUGCCACAGCAUCCAGUACAGAUCUGGAGACAAGCGCUACAUGUUAGUGGGACCCAGAAUGAGCGUAGGCUCCACUAUAGUCCCAGGGAGCCAAGCCAACACACUAGUGCUGCCGGACAGGAGGAGGCCUUCUGAGGAGGAAGUGACUGACCACAGUCUGUUUGGCUUGGACCGCUACACAGGACAGAUCAGGACACUUCGCUCAUUCACAGAGACAGACGAGGCCCAGCACAAACUCGUCAUACUGGUCAAAGACAAUGGCAACGUGUCGCUCUCAGCUACAGCUACUGUGCUUGUCAAAGUGGUGGAGGCCAGAGAGGCGUCUGCAGCUUCUGACGUGAAGAGCUCCGCUAAAGACGCUGAGGACACUAAUGUGACUUUUUACCUGAUGAUAACUCUAGCCUCGGUCUCAGCUCUGUUCAUUAUCAGUAUCAUUGUGCUGAUUGCAAUGCAGUGCUCCAAGUCCAGCACUGACUACACCUCCAAGUACUUACAGGACACAAACUAUGACGGGACUCUGUGCCACAGCAUCCAGUACAGAUCUGGAGACAAGCGCUACAUGUUAGUGGGACCCAGAAUGAGCGUAGGCUCCACUAUAGUCCCAGGGAGCCAAGCCAACACACUAGUGCUGCCGGACAGGAGGCGGCCCUCUGAGGAGGAAGUGACUGACCACAGUCUGUUUGGCUUGGACCGCUACACAGGACAGAUCAGGACACUUCGCUCAUUCACAGAGACAGACGAGGCCCAGCACAAACUCGUCAUACUGGUCAAAGACAAUGGCAACGUGUCGCUCUCAGCUACAGCUACUGUGCUUGUCAAAGUGGUGGAGGCCAGAGAGGCGUCUGCAGCUUCUGACGUGAAGAGCUCCGCUAAAGAUGCUGAGGACACUAAUGUGACUUUUUACCUGAUGAUAACUCUGGCCUCGGUCUCAGCUCUGUUCAUCAUCAGUAUCAUUGUGCUGAUUGCAAUGCAGUGCUCCAAGUCCAGCACUGACUACACCUCCAAGUACUUACAGGACACAAACUAUGAUGGGACUCUGUGCCACAGCAUCCAGUACAGAUCUGGAGACAAGCGCUACAUGUUAGUGGGACCCAGAAUGAGCGUAGGCUCCACUAUAGUCCCAGGGAGCCAAGCCAACACACUAGUGCUGCCGGACAGGAGGCGGCCCUCUGAGGAGGAAGUGACUGACCACAGUCUGUUUGGCUUGGACCGCUACACAGGACAGAUCAGGACACUUCGCUCAUUCACAGAGACAGACGAGGCCCAGCACAAACUCGUCAUACUGGUCAAAGACAAUGGCAACGUGUCGCUCUCAGCUACAGCUACUGUGCUUGUCAAAGUGGUGGAGGCCAGAGAGGCGUCUGCAGCUUCUGACGUGAAGAGCUCCGCUAAAGACGCUGAGGACACUAAUGUGACUUUUUACCUGAUGAUAACUCUGGCCUCGGUAUCAGCUCUGUUCAUCAUCAGUAUCAUUGUGCUGAUUGCAAUGCAGUGCUCCAAGUCCAGCACUGACUACACCUCCAAGUACUUACAGGACACAAACUAUGACGGGACUCUGUGCCACAGCAUCCAGUACAGAUCUGGAGACAAGCGCUACAUGUUAGUGGGACCCAGAAUGAGCGUAGGCUCCACUAUAGUCCCAGGGAGCCAAGCCAACACACUAGUGCUGCCGGACAGGAGGAGGCCUUCUGAAGAGUGCGCUGUGGCUCAGAUCAGAUACUCUGUCCCGGAGGAGGAAGUGACUGACCACAGUCUGUUUGGCUUGGACCGCUACACAGGACAGAUCAGGACACUUCGCUCAUUCACAGAGACAGACGAAGCCCAGCACAAACUCGUCAUACUGGUCAAAGACAAUGGCAACGUGUCGCUCUCAGCUACAGCUACUGUGCUUGUCAAAGUGGUGGAGGCCAAAGAGGCGUCUGCAGCUUCUGACGUGAAGAGCUCCGCUAAAGACGCUGAGGACACUAAUGUGACUUUUUACCUGAUGAUAACUCUGGCCUCGGUAUCAGCUCUGUUCAUCAUCAGUAUCAUUGUGCUGAUUGCAAUGCAGUGCUCCAAGUCCAGCACUGACUACACCUCCAAGUACUUACAGGACACAAACUAUGACGGGACUCUGUGCCACAGCAUCCAGUACAGAUCUGGAGACAAGCGCUACAUGUUAGUGGGACCCAGAAUGAGCGUAGGCUCCACUAUAGUCCCAGGGAGCCAAGCCAACACACUAGUGCUGCCGGACAGGAGGAGGCCUUCUGAGGAGGAAGUGACUGACCACAGUCUGUUUGGCUUGGACCGCUACACAGGACAGAUCAGGACACUUCGCUCAUUCACAGAGACAGACGAGGCCCAGCACAAACUCGUCAUACUGGUCAAAGACAAUGGCAACGUGUCGCUCUCAGCUACAGCUACUGUGCUUGUCAAAGUGGUGGAGGCCAGAGAGGCGUCUGCAGCUUCUGACGUGAAGAGCUCCGCUAAAGACGCUGAGGACACUAAUGUGACUUUUUACCUGAUGAUAACUCUGGCCUCGGUCUCAGCUCUGUUCAUUAUCAGUAUCAUUGUGCUGAUUGCAAUGCAGUGCUCCAAGUCCAGCACUGACUACACCUCCAAGUACUUACAGGACACAAACUAUGACGGGACUCUGUGCCACAGCAUCCAGUACAGAUCUGGAGACAAGCGCUACAUGUUAGUGGGACCCAGAAUGAGCGUAGGCUCCACUAUAGUCCCAGGGAGCCAAGCCAACACACUAGUGCUGCCGGACAGGAGGAGGCCCUCUGAGGAGAAGCAGCUGGACAGAGAAGCUUUAGGUGAACACAGGCUUGUCCUCACAGCAGUAGAUGGCGGGAGACCAGUGCGCUAG